ACUUUUUGUGUCAAAUUUUUUGAUCAUCGCACUUUCCAAAUUUUUCGAGCAGAUCUUACAGAAGUUUAUUGUUAUUUUAUACAGGGGGAUGAAAAUUUUCUCUACAUAGCUCCAUUAAACAGUUGAUAGUGUCGAUAGCAUCUUUUUCGUGCCUUACAAAUCUGGAAAUGGAUCUCAUAUACGGUAAAAGAGCAUCUCAAGAAGAGGACGUGAGACAGCCAUUGAAGAAGUCGAGGCCUGAUGUGAAUCUGCCUGCCCAUGCUCCAAGCAAUUUGCCAGUACAUCUUCCCAAUGACCAAGUUGUCUCGGACACCCCAAUACACGUUCAUGACCACGUUCACGAAGAACAAGAACAAGAACAGGGACAGGAAUCUACAACCAAGGCUAAUAUCGCUAUUCCUGGAACAGACAUAACCUUGAAUACGCAGGAGGACAUUGAAGCGUGGAUCAAACAGAGGAAAGUUAACUGGAUGAAGAAGAUUUCAAAUAGCAAGCCAUCUGAUAGCUCUGAAGAUUCAAAGGAGGCAAAAGUUGUUCAGAAGAGGAGACAACUGCAAGGAAAUCAAAGGAAUAACAAUGUCGUACGAGGUGAAGCGUCAAGGAACAAGGCGAAGUUCAACCUUAACAAGGCCAUUAUUCAAAGAGAGUUGGCACAGGAGAACUUACAAAUUCUGGAUGUCAUUAGAGAAUUGUUCGAUCAGGGGAUCUUAGAGGUAAAGGGUUUGACAUGAACGAGCGUUCCGCGUGGCUAAAGUAGAUAGGUUAAUCUGUUCAAGUGAUUAUAGAUCAAGUGGGAGUAGUUAACGCAUUACGUGGUCAAAGCAUUACGUGGUCAAAGCAUUACGUGGCCAGAACAUUGCAUGUUUU